GAGAGGAAUAGCGAAUGGGCGCAGACAUUGCCGCCGCCAGAGAAGCUCGCCACAUCGCCGCCUUCGAGCCGCGGGUUGAAGGGCCCCGGCGACCAGGAGGCGAGCGGCGCAAUGGAGGUGCCGGCUGUGAUGCAACAGCCCGAGGAGCUUGACCACGCGGCCCAGCGCUCGGUGGCCGCCGAGGUCGAGUCCGCGCUGGAGUCUGGCCUGGGCGACGAGGGCGACUUGGUGGGCGUCUUCGGGCGCGCCCGCGCCUUAGACGCGCGCGGCAAAAUCUGGCAGUCGCGCAUCAACCUCGCCGCCGCCGGCAAGCGGCCCAAAAAAAAACAGCAGGAACUACAAAAUACCGACGCCAGCAAGCAGGACUGGCAGGCGGCGCAGGAGGCGCCAGACGCCGCAGCCAGCAGCUCCUGGAUCGCCCCACGCGCGGCGAACUUGCAUCCUGCGCGUGGAACCGUGCUCAUGCUCAACGAGCGGACGUGCUGCUUGCUCUUCCAGGAAGAGAUGGGGUACGACAUGGGCGGGGCGGAGCCAGGCACCGUCGGGGCCUGCGCCGACGAAGCUGGUGGAGAAGUCAAUCGCUUCGCCGGCGACUGGGCGACGCUGCGCCAUGUUUCGCAGCAGGCAGCCAGAUCGGGCUGGGCCGGAGACGACAUCCGCGCGCUUGCUCCGAAUGGAAACGCGCCGCAGCUCAUCCGCGACGUGCUGAACAUCGUGCAGAUGGCCGCGGCGCGAGUCUUCGGCGCCGACGGGCGUCGGCGGCCCUGCCGUCGCGAAGGGAACGCGCUCGCCACUAUCAUCGGCCCGCCGCUGGAGUUCUGCGCAGUCUGCACGCCGAACCUCGCGGGCGGCAGCCAGCCGCGUGUCCCAGUG